AUGUCCCUGUACCUCGUUGCCGUCUCCGAUCCCCAGCCGGUAGUCAUGGCGGACAAAGAACGCGAUCGCAUCAGAAGGAUCUACGCAGACAAUAUCGAAUUGAAGAGCCGGGUGGAGAAUUUGGAAGCUAAGGUACAGGAGCUUUCGGCCAAGAUGGCGGAAGUGAGCUCGUCUGUUGCUGCGGGUCGUGCGCAGACGCCGCAGAUUGUGGACGCUAGUACGAACGGCAUCAAGCAGCAGAGACGGGGUUCCAAUCCUUCAGGUGCGAGCACGCCGAAACCGCUGCAUAUUCCGAGGAGGGCUAGUGGAUUCGAGGGUGCGAGGGCGAGUCCUUCGCCCGUGUCGGUUGGAGGAGCGGACCGGGCAGCGGCAUCAGCUGGGAAACAUCUCUCGACGAAUACGCCGUCGAUACCUAAGCCGAUUGCGUUUCUGAGGGAAUACCUCUUCGACCUCUCCCGCACGCAACUGUCCGAAUCCGACGACCUCAUCUCCUACUGCAGCAUUUUCAAAUCCACAGCAGAUGCCGUCCCUAUCUCGGCCCUCGACAACGUCUCGCGAAGUCGUCUCUUCCUCGACGGCCUCCCUUCACAAAUCCAAAAAGACAUACACCGAAAAUGCGAACUACAGAUGGACCCUCAAGGCUACUUGGCCUUUGACGGCAUUUUCGUCGUCGCGGCCGUCAUCGUCAAGAGCGUCGACGGCUUCAAUCGCAUCAGGGGCAAAGGCCGCUGGGAAAAGCGCGGCGGAGGAGCUCUCUGGACAGAAGGAGAGAUGGGAGGAUACCUGGAGUUGAUCGACGAGAUUUCCAAAGCGAGGGUGCGGCAUCGGGAAUGGGUGACGGAGACGGGGUUGAAGUGUAAGUCGCUGCCCUCUAUUGACGAAGGCGUGGACAUUGUCUUUCCGCCGAAAGCUUUCGGGUGGGAUCUGGAUGGGCUCUGGAGGGAUAGUCUGCUGAUUCGUUAUUGA